AUGACGAAAAUCUUUCUAACUGGUGCGACGGGGUAUAUUGGAGGUGACUCCCUGGCCACGCUUGUCGCCAAAUACCCCGAGUUCUCUUACUCGGUCCUUGUCCGCAGUCAGCAGAAAGCUGAGCAGGUCAAAGUCCAAUAUCCUUCCAUUCGCGUAGUCAUCGGAGACCUUGAUGAUUCUAGCUUGCUGGAGGAGGAAAGUGCGGCAGCAGAUAUUGUGUUGCACACAGCAGAUGCCUCUGAUCAUGUAGGCGCUGCAAAGGCAAUCAUUGCAGGUCUGGUUUCCGGCCACAGCAAGGAAAACCCAGGUUACUUGUUGCACACAGGAGGAACCGGUAUUCUCACAUGGAGAGACAGCGACAGCAACGAAUAUGGCAACAAGAGUGAGCAUGUCUACAACGACUGGGAGGGGGUAGAUGAAUUGUUGAACCUGCCUGACCACGCAUUCCAUCGGAAUGUGGACCAGCUCGUAUUGGAGGCUGGGACCAAGUAUGCCGAUGUGCUCAAGACAGCGCUGGUUUGUCCGCCAACAAUUUACGGCCAGGGUCGGGGACCAGUUUCUCAACGCGGACGGCAGGCUUACGAAUUAGCAAGCGUUACCCUCCGUCUAAAGAAAGGACCAAUCAUUGGUGCCGGCCAGUCAAUCUGGAAUAACGUACACGUGCAUGAUCUGAGCGAUGUGUAUUUACUACUCGUCGAGGCUGCAAUUUCCCGACGAACCGACAACGGACUGUGGGGUGCAGAUGCGUACUAUCUGACCGAGAAUGGAGAGCAUUACUGGGGAGAGUUGGCUAGCGCAACAGCAAAGGCGGCGGCAGAUCUGGGAUACAUUCCGGAGGCAAAGGCCGAGCCGAUUGAUCUGGAAAGCGCUAAGAAGUACGCAGGCUUUGAAUCUCUCAGCUGGGGUAUGAAUUCCCGUGGCCAGGCGCGUCGAGCACGCAAUAUCUUGGGUUGGAAGCCUUCGCGACCCAGUAUUGAGGAGGAACUACCCGCAAUUGUGCAAGGAGAGUGGCAGCGGAUCCAAGAGUCGUCCUAA